AUGGAACAACUUUUUAAUUAUGCGGAUUUUCUAUUGGAAUAUCGAGGUGUUCGAAAGGAGGCGGCUUCUAGAGCGUUGCAUUUUUUUCUUCGUGAUCACUCCCUUGAUGUGGUGUGUAUUGCAGAGCCCAUGGUGGAUUCAGUGUCUUUCCCUGCCUGUUUUUUUAAUCGGCUGGGAUUCAUGGUCGAAAUUAUUCAUAAUUCCCGUCGUGACAAAGUGCCAAACUUCUGGGUAGUCGGGAAAAAUUCUUUUGCGAGGCUUGUGAUGGUGCAUUCCUCAGAGCAGAUGACUUCAGUUUCAAUGCAAUGGAAUGGUCAGCAAGUAUUGGUUUCUGUGAUUCAUGCAUCUUGUUUCAGGGCAGAGCGUAGGAAUCUUUGGGUGGAGUUGGGCACUGUGGCUGCCCUGUCCCUUCCAUGGGUUGCUCUAGGGGACUUAAAUGCCACGUUGUAUUCUCAUGAGAAGAGGGGUCCUGGUAGAUUCAAUGUGGGUGCCACGGCAGAGUUCCAGGCCAUGGUGGAUGCUUGUGAUCAGAUAAGCUCUCCAUCCCAGGGAUCAAAAUUUACCUGGACUAACAAUAAAUGUAGAGGACAUGUGGUGGCAAGGCUUGAUAGAAGUUUUUUCAAUGCUCAAUGGUUGGAAGUUUUUGGUGAUUGUGGUCAGCAAGUGCUCCAUAGAUCAAUUUCAGAUCAUGCUCCAAUCCUUUUUUCAUCUACAGCGAUUCCUAAGCCUCGAAAUGCCCCUUUCAGAUUUCAUCGUUUUUGGAUGGAAGAGGAAUCCUUUGAGGACCUGGUGAGGGAUGUGUGGUCUAGGGAGGUUAGGGGUGGUCCCAUUGGCAGGCUGCCAUAUAAAUUAAGGGCGGUGAGGAGUGCUCUAAAGGGGUGGGCAAGACAGAGUUUCCCCAACUUGGAUGUAGCUCUUAAAGAUGCUACUGAAGAAGUGGACGAAGUCCAGAGAACUAUCGACCAGGUAGGGAUGUCUGAUGAUUUAUACUCCAGAGAAGCAGAGGCGAAAACUAAGCUCUUGAAAGCAAUGGAGAUGCACGAAAAACUUUGGGCUGAAAAGGCUCGCUGCAAUUGGGCGAAACUUGGAGACCGUAACUCAAAGUUCUUUCAACUAUCGGUUAAGGUGCAACGUAUAAAGAACAGCAUUCGCAGUUUAAAAAAACAAGUGAUUCCUAAUGAGGUGAAUAGGGAGGACUCUUCCAUACUAGAAGCAAUCCCUGCUAGAGAAGAGAUUAAGAAGGUGGUAUGGGGGUUGGAUCCAGAUAGCUCUCUUGGCCCUAAUGGGUUUCCAGGAGCUUUCUUCAAACAGUGUUGGGAGAUAGUGGGUGACGAUUUUUGUGGGGCUGUGAUUGCAUUCUUCCGAGGUGGGAAGCUUCCGAAUGGAGUAAAUAACAGUUUUGUGACGCUAUUCCCAAAGGUGGAGGGAGCAGUCUCUCUGGAUAAGUUUCGCCCCAUCUAUAAGCAAGGGGCAUUCCAGAAAGGUAAGAUUAUCUCAUCAAAUAUUGGGUUAGCCUCUGAGCUUGCCAAUUUAUUACAUACAUUUGUCAGAGGGGGUGGCAUGGGUAUUAAGAUUGAUGUGCAGAAGGCCUAUGACACAUUGUCACGGGAUUUUCUUUUUGCGGUCCUGAAACGGUUCGGCUUCUCGGGUGUGGUUGGCCUGGAUUCAUGA